AGGCGCAGCCUGGUAGGUUGUUAGCAGGUGGAAGAGUGGGGUGAACUCUGCGUGGAUGUGACAUUCGGGACGAGGUUGUUUCUAUCUGGCUCUUUAAAAACAGACUUUUCUGGCUCGAAACAAAAUGAAUAAAUCAACACUGCUGCGGUUUCCUCUCUACCAGCUUCUUAAGAACGUUAGGAAGCCUUCUUGGAGAAACUUCUGCUGGAAAUCUAGCAGUGGCUUUACUUUUCCAUAUGGACAGCGAGUUAAUUCCCCACAGUCCUUUUUUUCAUGGGGGAGGAUGUUUUCAAAAGGGGUGAGAUCUGGACUGGGGUGUCCAGCAGCAGCAGAACAGCAAACACCUGAGCUCUCUGCCAAGGAGCAAAGACUUCUGAGCAAGUUGUACACUGGACUGAUCCAAGGACACAGGGCCUGUCUGGCGGAAGCCAUUACACUCAUAGAAUCAACCCAUAAGAGGAAAAAAGAAGUUGCUCGUCUUCUUCAGAAGGUAUUAUCCCACCACGAGAACAAGAAACAGUUAAAUAAAGGAAAGCCACUAGCCUUUAGAGUGGGAUUAUCUGGCCCCCCUGGUGCUGGAAAAUCAACGUUCAUUGAAUGUUUGGGGAAAAUGCUGACUGAAAGAAGACACAAAGUAUCUGUCUUGGCAGUGGAUCCUUCCUCUAGUACUACUGGUGGCUCCCUCUUGGGUGAUAAAACACGAAUGACUGAGUUGUCAAGAGAUCUGAAUGCCUACAUCAGACCAUCUCCAACCAGAGGAACAUUGGGCGGAGUAACACGGACUACAAAUGAAGCCAUUUUGCUGUGUGAAGGAGGAGGUUAUGAUAUUGUUCUUGUUGAAACAGUAGGAGUGGGUCAGUCAGAGUUUGCAGUUGCCGAUAUGGUGGAUAUGUUUGUAUUGCUGCUGCCACCAGCAGGAGGUGAUGAGUUACAGGGUAUCAAGCGAGGAAUCAUUGAAAUGGCAGAUCUUGUUGUUAUAACCAAAGCAGAUGGAGACCUCAUUGUGCCAGCACGGAGGAUUCAAGCAGAAUAUGUUAGUGCUUUAAAAUUGCUUCAUAAACGCUCAAAAGUUUGGAGACCAAAGGUAAUGCGCAUCUCUGCCAAAACCGGAGAAGGCAUUUCGGAUGUAUGGGAUAAGAUGACAGAAUUCCAAGAGCUCAUGCUUAGAAGUGAUGAGUUGCUUGCCAAACGCAGGAGGCAGCAAAAAGUGUGGAUGUGGAAUGUAAUCCAAGAAAGCAUGCUGGACCAUUUCCGGCAACACUCAGAAGUGAAGGAUCAAAUUCCUCUCCUGGAAGACAAGGUUGUUGAUGGGAUCCUAACUCCUGGGCUAGCUGCAGACCUCCUGCUCAGGGCUUUUAAAGAGAAACCCUGAUUCUUUUCUGUACAUGGCCUGAUGAUAUGAAAUAAAUGAUAUAAAUGUAUAUAGCAUUUUUUAAAAAAUGUCUGAGCUGUGAACUUCUUUAUUAUUAAAUUUCUACCUGUACAUUUCCAGCAAUGCCUGCCUUGAUUUGCAAACAAUGAUUAACAAUAAUAACUUACACCUCACGAUAUUAGAGCGGCUAUUGUGACCCGAUAUAAAAUGCCAGCUUAUAAAAACAAGCUUUCAAAUUGCCUGGGAAGUGGCAUAAAGGCAAAGGCCAUUAAUCAGAGAGAGAAUUUGAUAGCAUUGCAGCUGCCACAGGUUAAAUCCUGGAUCCAGCUGAUUUUUGUGGGCCUCCUUCCUGACCGUCAUCCCAUAGAGCUUAGCUCAGGAGAGGUGUCAAACUGGUGGCCCAUGGCCGGAUGCGUAAUGCCCAGGCCUCAAAGGGAAAAAAACAUUACAACAAUGUGACACUGGGAGUUUGACACACAUGCCUCAGCUGAUGAGCAGAAGCUCCUUAUUUGUCAUGUAGGAUAGGUAGACAAGUCCUGAAUUGUGUGGGGUUUUCUGUGGAGAAGAGCUUGUAGCCCAUGGUGUCACUGGCUUAAAUAAGGAAUAUCUCUCAAAAGCCUGACCUCUGUAUCCUGUAUUUACUACGCUUCCAACUUCCUUUCAGAGGCUUCCCAUAUAAGGCACAUUAUGUGGGAAGUAACCGUUAGUAUGGCUCCACAGUUGGGUCAGCACUAUUCAAGAAGCAAUGAAAGUAAUAAAUUUGCUUCAGCUGGUAAAAGGCAUCCCUCACCAUCGCAGUCACCUGUUGUUUUCUGUCCCUGAAUUAGCUUACCUUAACUGAUAACAAUUUAUUGUUUUAGAAUAUUUAUCUUUAGUAUUUUAAUGUUUUCAUGCUGUAAGCUACCCAGAUUGUUUCGAUACAAGAUAGGCAGCAAAUAAAUAAUAAAAUAAAAUGAAUCUAUACAAGGCCAGCAUAUUUAGGGACAUGUAUAGGAAGGGGCAGUGAUUCAAAUAAUUUAACAACCGGUUGGUUCUCUGCCCUAAUGAUUUCUUCCAACAACCAGUUCACCAAACUGCUCAGAAAGUUAACAACCGUUCUCCCAUGUGGUGUGAACUGGCUGAAGACCACCACUGGGAAUGGGGUAAUUACAAUGUGCUAGUGCGAAAAUGAGGAAUUGCAGUUUCAGUUUCUAUUUAAUCUGCAGAGAACUCUAGCAAUAUAUUAAGAUGCAUUGCAUGCGGAAUUGAACUGACUUGUAUAUGAGUCCUUAACUAAUUUUAUUCUACAGCAUCACUAAAUUACUGGAAGUUAAAGAUGGUUGAAAUCUUCCCUAUGCAACAUUAAAAAAAAUUGCAAUUGCCACAUUAUUGUACAACUGAAUUAGACCAAGAAUAUCUUAGUCAUGACAUAUAAGUUGUAAGUUGUACAUCUAAGAUGAUGAAGCAUAAUUAUCUAUGCAUCACGUGGUAUGGAUCUAUGGAGUUGCGCAUAUGCUUUAUACAUAUGUUUGUCAUGUUAAACUCUGUAUGCAGAAUGACUUCUGAUUGUGAAAGCAUGCAUUUUAUUUGACAUUGAGGUCUCCAUCGUCUGCAAGAAUUCAAAGAAGAGAUCACACAGACCAUGAUAGGUUUAACAACAGAAAUUAGAAAUAUGAUCAUAUUAUAUAGAUAUAUAUGUGCUGGUCCUCAGUCUUAUAAUCCUAUUGCAGGCUAUGUGUAAUAUAUUUGAAAUACUAGUGGAUAAGUUUCAAAACAGUAAUUGAAGCUAAUUUAAAAAACCAAACCUAAUGAUACAAAUAUAUGGAAAAUCAUCCACAGAGUUAUCAGGGACACUUUAAAUCUCACAACACUGUUGUCGCUACUUCUUAAUUGUAUUUAGUAGAUUCUACAAUCUGAUUUUUCGGUACAAAUUUAGCAGCUUGAGAGAACUACCACACUUUGGCAGCAUUAUUGUUACUCUUAUUGCUCUUAUUAGGAAGUUUCUCCCUGUAUAUCUAAUCUACACUGCUCCUUUGUAAUGAAUUCCUUCCUGUAAUACAGUUGAGUGCCCUUUAAUAUGCAUAGCCCUUCUGCAUAUUGCUUCCUUUCUCUGUAUUGCGGGCAUCUACUCUACUGUUCUUUCUAAAUGGUUAUGUAGUAAAUAGAUAUUUCUCCUGCUUUGCAUGUUUUUAUGCAUUUAAUAUGCUUUGCUAAAUAAUACUUAGCUAAAUAAAAUUAAAUAGAAUACAUUUUCAGAUUUAAAAAGUGAUACAAAUAUUGCUUGGGAAUGUUUCAUUUUUAAUUUUAAAAUAAUGUUAGGGCAAUUUUAUUGCUGAUCAUUCUCUUGUACAUAGAAGUAAUAGAAUCAAGUAAUUAGAAUAAGGGACACAUUGGCUCAGUGGCUAAGACAUUGAGGCUUGGUCGAUCAGAAAGGUCAAAUCCCUACCGUCAUGUA